AUGAAUAUUAAAUAUGCAACUCUUGAAGCUCCCAAAAACUCCAUACGUGCUAUAAAUCAGACACCAGCACUCGAGAAUGAUGGAGUAACUCGAGUUGCAACAACUCCUAUUGACGUAUCCCAUGAGGCCACCAAAAGUAUCUACUCGUAUACUUAUCUCGUCUCUGCAACUUACCCGUUCAAGGAUCAAGUCCAAGUACAAGAGAAGCUAAUCAAGAGAAAAAAUGGGCGUGGGAAUCUUGACUAUGGUAUUGAAUCAUGUACGACCAGGAGAAUUAUCAGUCUAAUUGAGGUCAAAAAAGAUGACCUUAAGCAGGGUUUUGCACAAGCUAUCAUACAAUUGGAUUCAUCACUAGGUCAAAUGAAAUGGAUAAUGGACAUGGGUAUGAAAGACAUGGUUGAGAAGGUUCUUGGUCAUAUUAUCUGGUUAUUGGAAGAGCCACAAAAGGCGGAUUCAGCUGUUAAUUUUGAGGAAUAAAAAGUGUAGAUCAUUGGGCAGUCUUGCGGAAAAGUCAGAUACUGUAGUUAAGUCUUAGCAUAGCAUGGGUCAGUCGUUAAAUCAUGUAUCAUGAGCAAAGUCCCAAGCUUUUG